ACUCGUACCAUAAACCUCCUAAACAACGAUUUAUGCGAAAAACAUACCGACGGCGACGAGAGAAACUACAGACAUCAUCACCUCUCUCUCUCUCUCUCUCUCUCCAAGCGUGUACGCAGUGAGCUCUUUGAUUCUCAGAAAUGAAUAGAAUGCUUGUGAGAAGAAUUGCUUCGAAUAGACGUGGGUUGAGAGUAGUUGGGAGGAAGACGUUUUGUAAUGAUGCAGCUGCAGAACAAUCUAGUUCCCAAGCCAGCAAUGACAAACAGGAUACAGAAAAUACUGUUCGGCAGCAUGACAUUGCUAUCGUUGGAGGAGGCAUGGUUGGCAUGGCUCUAGCUUGUUCCCUAGCAAGCACACCGUUGACAAAACAUUUGACUGUCGCCAUCAUUGAUAGCAAUCCUACCUUGGGGAAGGAAGAAUGUUUCAAGAAAGAUGAUCCCCCAGAUCCAAGGGUUUGGGAUUAUACUGGCCUAGGAUACACAAGAUACAAUGCCAGAGAUGUAGAUAAAGAAGUACUGGGAUGUGUGGUGGAGAAUAAGGUGCUUCAUAGAUCUCUUUUGUCAUGCAUACAGGACACAGAUUCCCAGAAGACAAUAUAUCCUUCCAGGUUAACUUCAAUGAAUUUAGCUCCAAGCUUGUCAUCCAUGCGGGUGGAUGGCACAUCUUCUGGGCCAUCCAUGUCAACUAGUGGAGGUCUAGCAAAGCUGGAACUGGCCGAUGGCAAUAGCCUUUAUGCAAAAUUGGUGGUUGGAGCAGAUGGUUCCAAGUCACGUGUCAGGGAAUUAGCUGGAUUCAAAACAACUGGAUGGAAGUAUUCACAGAAUGCCAUCAUCUGUACUGUGGAACAUCAAGAGGAUAACUAUUGUGCGUGGCAACGAUUUCUACCUUCAGGUCCAAUUGCACUUUUGCCAAUAGGUGAUAAGUUCAGCAAUAUUGUUUGGACUAUGAACCCGAAAGAGUCAUUGGACCGCAAAUCAUUGAGCGAGGAUGAUUUUGUCAAUGCUUUAAAUCAUGCUUUGGAUUCUGGAUAUGGCCCACGUCCUCAGUCGCAAUCAUUUGGUGAUGGAAGCAUAUUUUCUUGGCUUAGAGCAAACGUGACGUCAUCUGCUAGUGAGUGUUUUGAAGUUCCACCAAAAGUGGUCAAGCUGGCUUCAGAAAGAAUGGUGUUUCCGCUAUCUCUAAUGCAUGCUAAUCAAUAUGCGUCUAGACGUGUAGUUCUAAUCGGCGAUGCUGCGCACACUGUUCAUCCCUUGGCUGGCCAGGGGGUUAAUUUGGGUUUUGGAGAUGCAGCUGCUCUUUCAAGAACCAUUGCUGAGGGUGUCAAAGUAGGGACUGACGUCGGGGAGGUAUCUCUGCUGAAGAGGUACGAAGCAGAUAGGAAAUUGGCAAAUCUUACAAUGAUGGCAAUACUGGAUGGUUUUCAGAAGGCAUACUCUGUUGAUUUUGGACCUCUAAAUGUAUUGCGAGCUGCUGCCUUUCAUGGGGUGCAGCAUAUAUCACCACUGAAGAAGAGUAUCAUCUCCUUCGCUUCAGGCGAGCACAGACUACCCCUUUUCUCUUGAGAUGAAUGUAUAUCGUAAAACCAGAUGAUACGCUUGAAAUGAGUAACUUUUAUAUACUAAAUUACUGGUCAUCGUUUCUUUCCUCCUUUUGCUUGUUCGGCCCUUGCUUGUGGUUGAUACAUAACUUUUUCAGUUGUAUGCUCUCUUUUAUUUUUCCCAAUAAGAGUUAUUUAGCAAAAACUACAAUCGGGGGAAAAUUCGUUA